AUGGCUGGAGGUGGAGGGUUCAUUGCAGGCAAUGGGCCACGGACGGACUACCCUGGAAGGAUGACGAUGCUUGUGCUAGUCACUUGCAUCAUCGCUGCUUCCAGCGGUCUUAUCUUUGGCUAUGAUAUUGGAAUUUCAGGUGGGGUGACUUCUAUGGACGUGUUUUUGAAGAGAUUCUUUCCAUCCGUCUACAGAAAGAUGCAAGAAAAUUCUCAUAAUGAGAACAACUACUGCAAAUUCGACAGCCAACUUUUGACGACGUUUACUUCAUCGCUGUACAUUGCUGGGUUGGUGGCAUCUUUCGCCGCUUCGUGGGUCACGCGAGCUUUUGGAAGGAAGCCGUCGAUUGUCUUGGGUGGACUGAUUUUCCUCAUUGGAGCUGCCAUCAAUGGAGCUGCCAUGAACGUCGCUAUGCUUAUUAGCGGACGGAUAUUACUCGGAAUUGGCAUUGGUUUUGCCAUUCAAGCUGCACCAAUGUACGUCUCAGAGAUGGCCCAUCCAAAGAUAAGAGGAGCCCUUAACAUAUGUUUCCAAUUAGCGAUAACGAUCGGGAUUUUGGCAGCCAAUCUUGUGAAUUAUGGGACAAACAAGAUCAAUGGCGGCUAUGGAUGGCGCGUAUCGCUUGGCCUAGCAGCAGUUCCUGCCUUGAUCAUGACACUUGGGGCUUGUUUCCUACCCGACACUCCGAAUUCUCUCAUCGAGCGGGGCCACAAGGAGGAGGCUAUGGCCAUGCUGAAAAAGAUCCGUGGCACGAAUGAUGUGGGCCGUGAGUUUGAGGAUCUCGUUGAAGCCAGUGAGGCGUCCAAGCAAGUGAAGAACCCAUGGAGGAACAUCCUCAAGCGGAAGUAUCGUCCGCACCUAUGCAUGUCCAUCUUAAUACCAUUCUUCCAGCAGUUAACGGGCAUCAACGUAAUCAUGUUCUAUGCGCCGGUGCUCUUCAAGACAUUGGGGUUUGGGAAUGAUGCUUCGCUCAUGUCGUCGGUGAUCACUGGAUCAGUUAAUGUGGUGGCAACAUUCGUGUCGAUCGCAGCGGUCGAUCGGUGUGGACGGAGGUUUUUGUUCUUGGAGGGUGGAAUUCAGAUGUUAGUUUCACAGGUGAUGAUCGGCGUUCUCCUCGGAAUCAAGUUCGGUUUCACUGGCAUCGCAUCCCUCUCCAAUGCCUACGCCAUUGGGGUUGUCCUGCUCAUCUGUAUCUAUGUGGCAGCCUAUGCGUGGUCGUGGGGCCCACUCGGGUGGCUAGUCCCCAGUGAAAUCUACCCAUUAGAAAUACGAUCAGCAGGCCUGAGCAUCAACGCAGCCAUCAAUCUCCUCAUGACGUUCGUCAUCGCGCAAGCCUUUCUCAGCAUGCUAUGCCACAUGAAAUUCUUCCUAUUCUUCUUCUUUGCUGCCUUCGUCCUUGUCAUGACGCUGUUCGUCACUUUUUUCAUCCCCGAGACGAAGAACAUCCCCAUUGAAGAAAUGCAGAAGGUGUGGAAGGAGCACUGGUUCUGGGGACGGUUCAUCCCCAACGAGGGCAUCAAUUUUAACAUUAAUCGAUUGCCCGUCCACAAUCUGAACAGAUCUAAAGAUAUUGUUCAGACAUAAGUAUCUU